GUAAUCAGCCAACGGGGGCCCGGGGGCGGGUCUUAGAUCCAUCCUGUUUGAUGCUCAGUCAACAAUCCUCUCCGGAGAAGCACACAGCAGCAGAGACAACAACAAAAACAACCAGACUCAUUCUUGCAAACUUCAUCUGGACCGGUAAAUUCAGUCGUGUCGCCAUGGUGAAAGGGGACGUUAACAAGCCGAAGGGCAAGACGUCAGCCUACGCCUUCUUCGUCCAGACCUGCCGGGAGGAACACAAGAGGAAACACCCCGACCAGUCGGUCAACUUCGCCGAGUUCUCCAAGCAGUGUUCAGAGAGAUGGAGGGGUCUGACUGCGAAUGAUAAGCGUCGUUUUGAGGACAUGGCGAAGAACGACAAGGUGCGAUAUGAGAGGGACAUGAGGGGGUACGUCCCCCCCAAGGGGAUGGCCAAGAGCGGAAGGAGGAAGAAGGACCCCAACGCUCCAAAAAGACCCCCGUCUGCCUUCUUUGUGUUCUCUGCAGAGUUCCGUCCUACGGUCAAACAGGAGUUCCCAGGCUGUUCUAUAGGAGAGACAGCUAAGAAGCUGGGGAUCAUGUGGGGUCAACAGACUCCAACCCAGAAACAGCCGUUUGAAGAGAAGGCUCUCCGACUGAGGGAGAAAUACGACAAGGAUAUGGCUGCAUACCGGUCCGGUGCGAACGUUAAGCGGGCCCCGAUGCGACCCGGUCCCGGGGGCUCGUCUGGUAUAAUGCCCCACGCCGCGGCCGGUGGCGGAGAUGACGAUGAUGACGACGACGAUGACCUGGAGGACGAUGACGAUGAAGAGGACGAUGAUGAUGACGAGUAGAGCUGUUAGUGUUGUGUUCCGACCUGUUGGAGCAGUAUGUGUGUUUUACCUCGCCCCCUAAACUCCGCCCACCCGGGGUCACGGCAAGCUAAAACACACCCAGUUCCAGAGGAGGAAUCUGAUUGGUUGAAAGGUGUGUGUGUGUGUCUGUCGGUGACCCUGGAGGACUGGCCCUAGGUCAGGGGUCAAAGGUUAGUUAGAGCUGGGCUGGACCAGACACAACCCGUAGGGGACUUAUAUUAUCACGCGUAAAUGAUUACUCAUCAUCGUAAACAUCUGUAACCCUGGUAACCGUUGCUGUGGGCCAACAUGUCCAAUAGCAGAGCUCUGUAUCUUCAGGAGGAGGCUGCUGUUCCCAGGGUUGUGUGGUGUCCAGGCUCUUCAAUAUCAUCACAUGUUGUAACUGGUUUUUAAAACACACUGUGCUGUUUUUAUUUUUUUAAUUGAAACCAUAUGUAGAAACUGGCUUUUAUAAUACCAUUUUUAUGAUUCUGAAAAUGAACAAUGUUUUAUCUGUG